AUGAUCGCUCUCAGACUGCUGAACUGGUUCUUCAUCACCUCAACAAUAGAGGAAGAAUAUGAAGAAGACAGAAGGAAGAAAACAUAUGAUGUUUCCCUUUACAAACGUGGUGAUCUUUUGAUUGUAUCCAGGACUCUUUUUAAACAUUUUGGAAUCUAUUUAGGUGAGGGUCGUGUUGCUCAUUUUAUCCCAGACAUCCUGCCAGCGUUCACUACAGAGAAGGCUGUUGUUGAGAAAAUGGUGACCAACGAAAGGUUGAUUUUGGGGGUCUUGGCAAAGUUGGCCAGUGUCCGUGUGGACUCUUUGGCAGAUUUUGCAUAUGGCGCUGAUAUUGAGGUCAAUUGUACUGAUGGUAUGGUCAGUGUGCCGCCACUGAAUGGAGAGGAAGUGGCUCAGCGUGCAGAGAAGCUGAUUGGAUCAUUUUCCUACAGUUUACUCUGGCAUAACUGUGAACACUAUGUCAUGUAUUGCCGCUAUGGUGUUGAAUACAGCUUCCAAACCUACCAGUUCUGCAAAGCUGUAAGGACAGCUCUCCUCAACAGGAUGACGGCCAUGCUGUCAGCUGUAAUCGGGUUCUGCAUCAUUGUGUAUUUAGGCGCUAUAACACCUCUCAGCAUCCUUCCUGUUGUCAUCAUUCCUUUUACCAUCUGGAUGGCAUCUUGAAGACACUCCGGGUGCAAUUUGUCCUUUAUCUUUGAGGCAGAAAUAGCCACAAAAACAUUAAACCAUUUACUCAACAGUUAUUUUAGAAAUAUGCAGAAUUCUAACUGAAACACUUUAUUUAAGGGUGUUCUUGUUACAGUGUAACUAUUAAUUUAACUGUCAAUUAAUAUUGUGCAUAAUUAGUUUCAUGUAUAGUUAAGUGGCUUAGGCUUAGGUAAAGUUGCAUGUAAUUUUGCAUAACA